CCCCUGCCAAUGCCCAGAUCGUGCACUCGGGGCAGGCGUGUGUGGUGAAGGAGGACAACAUUAGCGAGAGGAUCUACACCAUCCGGGAGGGAGCCACUCUAGUGCUUCAAUGCCUCGUGAAAGGCCAUCCACGACCACAGGUGCGGUGGACCAAGACGGCCGGCAGCGCCUCGGAGAAGUUCCAGGAGACGUUCAUCUUCAACGAGACGCUGCGUAUCACGAACAUCACCCGCAUGCAGGGCGGCCGCUACUACUGCAAGGCGGAGAACGGCAUCGGGGUGGCUGCCAUCAAGUCCAUCCGUGUAGACGUGCAGUGUAAGUGACAGGGGCUGCUGAGAUCCACCCACUUCCCACUUGCCUCAUUCCAACAGCAGGGCAGGAUAGCACGGCAACACGACAGAGA